CCGAAAGUAGAAGGAAAAACCCACAGACUAAUCAAACGUUGUAUCAUUUAGCCAUAUAAAGGAUUCAGGAAGGAAAGAACAAUCAGUAUGAGCUGUUGAAAUCAGUUUGGAAUUUGUGCAAUAUAGACAUGGAGGACAGAGAACUUUCACUUCAGUUUUAUCAUUAUGUAUGUUGUAUUGUUGGAUCAGAUGAGGUUGUAAAGGCAAGAAGAAAGGUAUUUAUGGCUUUGGAUUAUGUUUUGGAGAAUAUACAGCAAACGUUUAUAAGUAGCGGGAGUAAAGCGGAAGGACUAGAUCUAGAAGGCAGCGACUACGAUUUGAUGAUUGUCGAUAAAAAUGUUAGUGUAUACGAGAGUAUACAUGAUGUGUCUUCCUCUUUACAUGAACUUACACUUGUAAUGGACACCACAGACACUAAGCCCGGAUUCACAAAGCUAAAGGUUUAUGAAACAUCCGAAAGAUACUUACCGCUAUUAGCAAAAUGGUGUGAACUUUUUCAACUGGGAUCAUAUGUCUCAAAUAAUCUUUUUCGGAAAUACGUCUUAUCUCAGGGUGAUGAUGAACUGAUUGUCCACGGUCCAUGUGUGACUUCAAAAUAUAAAACAUUUGAUUUAGCAUACAGUUUCCGAUGCAAGAAAUGGGUAAAACCUGGCAAAAAGUGGAAAUUCAGAUCUAAAUCUGCAUGGCCCGAUUAUGAAUUGACUCAAUCUAUUGUACAAUACGGCAUUUUGUUUGUUCCUAUUGGAAGCAAGGGUUCAGUUGAUGAAGAUCUGGAAUGGCGAAUAUCGUUUUCGGUCGCAGAAAGACUGCUGAUAUAUUCGUUUUCGCACACCCAGCUAGUAUGUUAUGCGUUGUUGAAAAUUCUUUUGAAAGAUUUUAUCAAGCAGGAACAUUAUGAUCUCAUUUGCUCUUAUUUUCUUAAAACAAUAAUGUUUUGGCUAUGCGAAGAAUCGAGUCCCAUCAAAUGGAAACCCGAAAAUUUAGAAACAUGUUUCAUGAGUUGCUGGAGGCGAUUAAUCUACUGCGUUGAAUAUGAAACAUGCAUUCAUUACUUUAUCCCUGAUAACAAUCUAUUUGAAGGUAGAUUUUCACCCAUACAGCAUAAGUCAUUACUUGAUACACUGUAUGGGAUUUACCGAUCACCAUGGAAUUAUGUUUUUCAUUCGAUUACAUUUGAAAAUUACAGAAGAGUACACGAAAACUCAUUUGAGCCUUAUCUGACAACAUCUUCAUUAACAUGCCUGCAUUAUUCUGUUGUACUUUUAAAAAGUAUAUCACCAUCUUUAUCAAUUAAACAAGUCGUAACUCGUACAGUAAAUCUACAAGACAAGCAUCUAUCAACCUACCUUUUAUCACUGUUAGCAACGGGAUCGAUGCAAAAUCAAGAUCAUCAAUACCUUGAGGGAAGAAAUAAGGAUUUUUAUAGACAAUACCAGAUAAUGUUACGAUACUUCAAGACAGGUGUGUAUUCCUCGUCCGUCCAUGCUUGGAUACUGUUAGCAUCCUUGUUUUAUAAAUGUGGCCGAUACAGAGAAUGUAUUGAUAUAGUAAUCUACAGUCUUUCUAAAUGUACACCAGAUAAGAUAUUGAUGAGCUUAAAAAAUGAUAUUAAACUGAAAGCAUGUUUCAAAAAUUAAAGCAGACAUUAAGAUUAUUAUGGACGUGCAAAUAUUUCAUCAUUGGUAAUGUAAUUAUGGUUGAACCUUUUCAUUUAUUACCGACAGAAUUGGCCCCUUUAAUCAGGAAAAAAACCGGUGGAGUUCAGCUGUUUCCACCAGUUGUGUACUUGAAAGUUUUAUAUUACUUUUGCUUACAUCAUCUUGGGGAUCACAGCGGUAAAAUUAUCGCUUUACGAGACCUUGAAUUAACAAUAAAAGAAAAAUAUUUCAUCACUGAUAAUGAGUACCUUUUAACAUUGGCAUAUAAAUGUCUAAAUAUAGCAAAAAGUAUGUUAUAAUUGUUAGUUAAUUACUUUAAAAUGUAUCAUGAUUAAUGUUAUUGGCAUACCUAUCAUAUGCACGUCAUGUGUGUUAAAUUUUGACGGAAAUAGAGAUUGGAUUUUUUUUUCAGAUGAUUAUUGUUUAAAAUAAAGCAGUUAUGAAAAUAACAAUUUCUUUUACAUGAGGCUAGAAUGCUUGCUAUGAGCGACAAUAUUCUCCUCGGAAGUUGAAUGCAAUGUUAAAUUAUAAUCUCACAGAAAAAAGAAAAAGUGUUCAACAUAAUAAAAGAAUUUUAAUUUAAAA